UGUUAGAGUAAUGUUUGCGCAUCAGGGUCGGUUAGGUAACGCGGAAGAAAUGCAGUCGGAAGUAAACAAACUGCUGUUUACCAAGUUUUCAGUAACGAGAUGAAUUUCACUAUGUUCCGUUCCAGUUUUAAUACAACGUUCGUUGGGAAAUUACUCUCAGAAAAAAUGGAUGAUGAUGAUGUACCAGCGCUGUCCGCAGAGACAUUUGCAGCCCUGCAGGAGUUUUAUGCAGAGCAACAGAAGAGGCAGGAAAUACUUGACAAAUUACAAGCUGAGGACAAGCUAAAGGAAAACAUACUUUUUGAUGAGAAUUGGCAACUAAGUCAGUUCUGGUAUGACGAGGCCACGGUGCAGGCACUAGUGAAGGUGAUAGACAAGACCAUUCUUGAUGGAGGCAGAGUGGCACUUUUGUCCUGUCCCACACUGUUUGUGCCAGUGAAGCGUCAGAUUGGAAACCGGGCUACAGUGUCCCUCCUCGAGUAUGACCGGCGCUUCGAAGUGCACGCGCCCGACUUCAUCUUCUACGACUACAACUUCCCGGACAAGCUGCCUCCAGACUUGGAGAAGUACGACCUGGUUGUGGCCGAUCCUCCGUUUCUGUCUGAGGAGUGCCUGGAGAAGACCUCGCAGACUAUCAAAUUGUUGGCCAAGGACAAGAUAGUGGUGUGCACAGGGGCAGUGAUGCAGGAGAAUGUGGAGAAACUCUUGGAUCUGCGAAUCUGCAAGUUCCAGCCACACCACAGGAACAACCUAGCCAACGAGUUCGCGUGCUACGCUAAUUUCGAUCUAGAUGGCGCUUUAAGAUGAUGAUCUGACUUGAUUGACAUUCAUUGAAGGGGUAGAUUGCAAAACUAAAAGAUACUUCUUUCUCUAUUACUAUAAUAACUGCCAAGUUUUAUUCAAAAUGUUAAAGAUUCCAAGUCAUUUGAAAUGUCAGCAAUAGGAGUGCAUCAGAAUUACUGUCCAAACUGGUAGAUCGAUGUUAGAGUACCAUCAGCAUUUUCUACCUAUUUGCUACCUAGGUUAAAAAAGAGAUUUUAUUAUGUCGGAGUUGAACCCCCUAAUUCGCAACAUUCUAUUAAGUACUAUAAUUAUUUUUUUCUGGACAUAUGUGGCAAUUUUAUAGUGUUAAGCUAAAUGUUUGUUUUUUACUUCAUUUGUUAUUAAAUAUAUUUAUACUUAAUUGUAAGUACUAAAUAAAACGAAUAGAUAUUAAAACACAUUGCAUUUAUUGAUCUCUUAACAAUCGCACCUCGUUACAUUAUGCUGGUUAACUCUUAAUAAACUCUCGACCGUCAAACUCCCUCCCUUACACUACAUUACAACUAGCCGAUUAUUACACUAUCUGCUUUCUUAUAUAUUUGAGAUCACUUUCACAAUGUAAAAAAACUUCAUAAAUAAAAAUAAAUAUUUUGAUCUGUGAUAUUUUGCUGAAUAGUAUUGUCAUUAGUUGUAAAUAAGUAUAAUACUUUUAGAAAAUAAACAAAAAUAUGUUAUAGUGUAAAAGUGAACUCAAAUAUAUAAAUUAUUAAUCAAUUAUUGUGAUUCAUCUACUUCAGUGAAUGAAUUAUUAAAAUAUAAUUUUAAUGGACAAUAUAGUAAAUAUUAUAAAUUCUGCUUACAUUACAUUAAAAUAAAUUAUUCCACAUUUAAUUAUUAAAAUUGAUUAGAUCUGCAAUUAUAUUUGUUUAAAAUUUUGGUGUUAUAAUACCUACACAGUAAAUAAAUGAUUAAUAUUUAAUACUAUUGAUGUGAGACACCCUAUUAGAAUAUGAGUAAAUAAUUAAUUUAAUUAUUUUAGAACAUAGAUAUACAAAACAAGUACGAUAUAACCUUACAAUAUUGGUCGCAUAUAGGUCGUAAGCUUAGGUAUAUAAGUAUGUAUACAGCCAUGAUACCCGCGCGGCUAAAUGCAGGCGAACCAGGUGUCUCCAACUAAUCUUAUCGAAUACAAACACCAAAUAAAUGAAAACAUAUAAUUAUAUUCUAACAGUGCGAAAUUUGUACUAAAUAAAUUAACACAUUUGUAAAUGUUGACAUGUAGGAUUAUACCACACGGACUUCAUAGUUGAAAUACGUCUUUUAUAUUCAUACUUUUAUGUCUGAUGGAAUGCCAUCAAAGUAUGGGCCUGUUUACACAAGUGCUUAGUGAGAUUAAUGAGAUUAUACAUCGCCGGUUACUAAACGAGUAUUAGCUCUCACUAAGCAUUAAUAAAUGUGUUAGCAGACUCUAAUGGAAUUUCCGUUUAUUAAUGAAUCGAAAGAAUUAGUUUGUGAACUUAUUAUAGUGUGAUAAGUAUACAAAUUCGUACGCCUUAUUAUAUAGGUCUGAAUAUAUCGAUGGAAUGUCGUGGUUAAAAUAUAGGUACAAUUCUAUUAGGGCAUUCCAUUUAUAGAGGUAGGUACAUUUGAACAUUGACUUUCUUAUACCGUGUGGUAACACUGAUUCAGCUACAUCAAUAGAAUUUUGUUUACAUGGUAAGUUCGUGUGUACAGAUUAUUCCUGCACAUCUUCUUUUUAAAGGUCUAUCUCCUACAGGAGAGGCGCGAAAUCUCACCCAAUAAAGUAUCCGUCUUUUUCUAGUUAUUAUUACUGAGUUAAUAAGAGUAAAUGGGCCAUCAUUAUCGCGAGCUAGAUAUUGUCGCGCCAUUCCUGUGCUUGGCGUACGUCUCAAAACAGAUCCAGUAAUAAAACUGCACUCCUGCCAUAUCGUACUCAGAACUUUUACUACGGAAUUACCCCCGAAAUCGUGAAAAACUUGGCUGUCACGUAGAAAGCCAACAUUUGGGCAGCGUAAACUUAUAAACCAAUAUUAUUGCGAUUUCGGAGUUAUUACCGAAGCAAACGUUGUUAACAAAACAUAACGCAUCCUUGAAAACAUUAUAUACAAUUCAUAAACCUAACUAGUAUUUAUUGGUCUAUCUACAAAGGCCGUUUUUCUACUCUGGGGUAGGCGCUAAAGCCAUUUUUUCUGAUAUACAUUUAUUUGAGGCAAGUCGCGAGUCACUACGUGAUACUUUCCG